UCGUCGGUGUAUGUACAUACAUACAUGUGAAAUGUGAGCCGAAUACUACCGAGUCUUGCCGGAAUAAGUCGAAGUCAGACGAGUCCCCUCCUCGCCCCGAUUAUCAGAGCCCCCCUUACAUAAAGUAGCAGUUUAUGCUCCGUCUAUAUUUUCAUGUCUAUGGGCGCCACAUACUUAUGUACCUUUGACUAUAUGUAUACCUAUGGACUGCUAACGGCCGCCAUUAUGCGUUCCAUGACCUGUGGCGGAGCUAGGUCCCAAAAGCGGCCAAGCUAAGAACUAAUAACUGUGCAUAAAUGUGUGAUUGUUACACGCGAUCGGAGUGAGUCAGAGAAAUAUACAUAUAAAGUGCUAGAAAUAAAAUAAUGGUUCGUUAUUGUUUUGUCGAAUUGUGUAGUAACACAAGAUAUAAAGUAAAAGGAGCAAAUGAUUCUAAAUGGGUAUCAUUAUAUAUACCACAUUUAGAUUUUAAAACACAUUCAAACAGUUUGGUCAUUUUGCUCACGCGUGAAAAUUAAAUCAGAAAAUGAGCAUAUCGAAAUCCCGUGAUUGGUCCCGUGAGGAUGUCAUCAAAUUAAUUGAACUCUACGAGUGCAACCCAUGCUUAUGGGAUUGCAGAAACAGUGAUUAUAAAAAUAGAAUAUUAAAAAGUGAGGUAUGUGCUACUAUUGCCGGGGAAUUAUCGACAACUGUCGAGGAAAUAAACAGGAAAUUACACAACUUAAGAAGCCAAUGGCAUAGUGAAAUAAAAAAAUUUAAAAUUAAAAAGAGUGGUAGUGGAGCGGAGGAAGUCUACAAAUCUAAUUGGUGGUGCUUUGACGCACUGAAAUUUUUAGACGUGGGCAAUGCUUCGACUUCUGACGCAUUGGAAAAUUCAUCAACGCUUCCAACCGCCCAAAAUGAAGGUUCAGGAGAAAUUCCUGACAAUGAAAUGUUGAGGCCACAUCGUGCAGUAAAAAAAACGAAAGGCGAGGAUAUUCUGCGAAAGUGCACAAAAAUUCUUUCGGAGUCGAACGAUGAUGAUCAAAUAUUCGGAGAUUAUGUUGCCUCAGUGUUGAGGAAUUUCACAAACAAAGAAAGCAAAAGGAAAUUACGAAAAAUUGUUCAACGAGCAAUCGUAGACAUCCAAGAUGAAGAGGAUGCCUCUACAUCUUCGACGACAUCGUUCUCCUCCGAUUCGUCACCACAAACUAUCUUGUACCAAUUAUAAUAAAUAUUUUUUAUAGUGACUUUUUUAAAACAUGUUCAUUUUUACUUAAAUAAAAACCUUCCGGAAUAAUUUUGGAUAUGGUGCAGACAGGAAUUCUGAAUAAAUACAUCAAUGAAUGAUAUGAUUCUCCUAAAAAAAACGAUUAUGUAUAUUGACUGAUAAGUAAGUACGCGAAACGAGACUUCUUGAACGUGUGUAUGUCAAUUGAAUAGAGAAAUAAAUACAAUUAAAUAUGU